AUGGCAUCUGGCUGCACAGCUGAAUACUCUCCAAGGCGCCAGCGCCACCAUUCAGUACACGUACGAAGCCUCAAUAAGGACGGAAUCUGGGGAGGAGGUGUCGCUCAGGGCGUGGAGGAAGCGACGGAAAAGUCGCUAAGUUUCGUCCUAUCGACGACGGUGCACCGGGAGGCCAAAGACUGCUUGGAGAGGCUGGAGCAGGUCGUGCGGGAGGACUGUGGCCAGGAAGCGGGGGCAGGCUUCGGUCAAGCUCUUCGCGAAGGCAUUUCGGCUGUAGGGGACGUUGCCGCCGGGGUUGUCGAAGCUUUCCCUGUGGCUUCAACAGUUGUUCAAGGAAUUUCGGCAGCUGCUGGUCCCAUUCUCGGUUUGUUUGGGAUUAAAGAGGAAGAGUGUGACCCUGUCACGCUUGGUGAGAAGACCACGAAUUGCAUCACAAGCGGUACCUCAGAGACGCGCUCGACAGAGGAGCAGGAGGCAUAUACCCGAGCAAAGCGUUCCACCACCACGGACGUGAAGCGCCUGGCGGAGAAUGUUGGCAGGGGUGAGACGAUCAGUUGUGCAGCCACAGCUCCCCAAGGUGUCACGCUUUGGCAGCUUUACCUCCACACUCCGGCAGCGACGUGGUCCAUUCCGUCAACUCGCGGCUCUGCAUCUUCUGCAUGA